AUGGCCAAGAACUACUCACAAAAUGCCAGUGGCGCCGCUGCUGCCCAAGGUGCAUCUGGAGACUCGGAGAAGAUCCGUGCUAGCCAUCUAUUAGUCAAACACAAAGACAGCAGAAGACCCUCUUCCUGGAAAGAGGCCAACAUCUCGCGUACUAAAGAAGAGGCUCUAUCGAUUAUUCUUGCUCAUGAGGCCCGUAUCAGAUCCGGAGCCGCUACUCUGAGCGAGUUGGCUGUUUCCGAGAGCGACUGUAGCAGUGCUCGCCGCGGCGGUGAUCUAGGAUACUUUGGACGUGGCGAGAUGCAAAAGGAGUUUGAAGACGCUGCUUUUGCCCUCAAACCCGGUGAGCUCAGCAGAGUCGUCGAGACCUCGUCCGGUCUCCACCUCAUUGAGAGAACUGGUUAA